UUUCCUUCUAUUGUAUUUGAAUGGUGAUCAGGAAAAAGGAAAUGAAAGGCAAAGGGGGCCGAGCUAAAGGCAGUAAUGCUGCGGCGGGGACACCAGUCGGCUAUAUAAGUGACAGUGACCCAGGCUUCCCUGCCAGACCUUGCCUUCUUGCAAACAGGGACUCUUCUUCUUCUUCAUUCGCCUGCUGGAAAUACAGAUGUUGGCUGCUCAGUGAUGGAGAAGGGGCAGCGGCGGGUAUCUCCAUUGACUGACGCCGGGAUUCGGGGGGCGAGCACUGUCGUUGGGGGACACCGGCGCGCGGAUUUGUGACUGGCGGAAUACCCCCCUACCCUUGGAAAAGAAGACGACGGAUCAUUGUGUGGACAAUAAGGAGAAGGCAAAUGUCAUCGGCCAUAGAGAGGAAGAGCCUGGACCCUGCAGAUGAGCCGGUGGAUGAAGUUCUGCAGAUCCCACCCUCGCUUUUGACAUGUGGGGGCUGCCAGCAAAAUAUCGGGGAUCGCUACUUCCUAAAGGCCAUCGACCAAUAUUGGCACGAGGACUGUUUGAGCUGUGACCUGUGCGGCUGCCGGUUAGGAGAAGUGGGGAGGAGACUGUACUACAAAUUAGGGCGCAAACUGUGCCGGAGAGAUUACCUAAGGCUUUUUGGCCAAGACGGUCUAUGUGCAUCCUGCGACAAGAGGAUCCGGGCCUACGAGAUGACCAUGCGGGUGAAGGACAAGGUCUACCACCUGGAAUGCUUCAAGUGUGCGGCCUGUCAGAAGCAUUUCUGCGUCGGGGACCGAUACCUGCUCAUCAACUCGGACAUUGUGUGCGAACAGGACAUCUACGAAUGGACCAAACUUAACGGGAUGAUGUAGACCCAUGGGGAUUGUCCUCAGGUUGACUUCUUAUACCCGUCAUAAGACUGGACGGACACACGACUAUGACAUUCACAACUGACACUGAGUUCGAGAAAUACACUCGACCCAAGGGGGUCACCUACGUCGGGUCUCAGCGGAAUCACAAGAUGGUUCCAUUCCAGUUAACCACGGAUGGUGCAUCUUCUUCACUGACAAAAAUAGGACAGUAUCCGAGUGGUGACCUCCAAUGGAAUAAGAACAACCCUGUUACCGUACAAAAAACAGCCUAAAAAAGACUGAAAAACUACUGCAAAACUUUAGAGACUAUUUGUUAGGUGACAACAGUGCAAACCUAUGCUGCUUCUCCUGGCAGUUAGUGGCGGUGUAAUGUGUAAAUGACAUCGGCCAAUGCUGGAUAAUCUAUGCAAUACAAGUGUAUCUCUUCUUAAUAUACAAUUAUUAUUAUUA